UAUGACACGAAAAAUGAAACAAAAGAAAUAACUGUCUCAAAUUCUGUCAUCGCGACAGAUUAGUUUCGACCGCCGUUUUUUCGAAAGGGAUGGAAUUUAACACGAAACAUAGAAAAUUAUCGAAAAAUAAAAAUUCCGUUCGUACGCCUUCAUCUGCGAAACCUAGACUGAGUAAAAAGAAAAUAGUUACACGAAAACGAAAAUGCGUUUGCCUUCCCGAAAAUUAUUCAGUAGUAGAAUUUCCUGCAAUAUGGAAUGAAUUGCGACAAAACGGUCAACUGUGCGAUGGGACUAUUGUUUGUAGGGACAUGAAAUCUAUACGAGUGCAUCGGGCAAUACUUUCAGCAGUUAGUCCGUAUUUCAAAGCAAUCUUUGUUAAUUCAUUGAAAAAAGGGGAACCAGAGGAAACUGAAAUCUUUGUCGAUGUACCUAGCUAUUAUAUGAGUUUAAUCCUUGAUUAUGCUUACACGGGCACUUGUACUGUGACGUCUGAUAAUGUGGAAUGUUUGUUGCCCUACGCAGACCAAUUCGAUGUUGUUGGUGUUAUACAAUUAUGUUGCCAGUUCCUUUUACAUGAGCUAAGGCCCCACAACUGUCUUGGAAUAUUCAAAUUUGCUCGCUAUUAUUUUUGCAGCGAGUUGGAAACCAAAGGAAAGUUGUAUAUAAGACAGAAUUUUAGUAGGAUACUAAAGGAAUGUAAUGAAUUUAAAUCACUUUCAUACGAUGAAUUGGAAGAUAUUUUGAGAGACGAUGAAUUAAAUGUUCGUAAUGAAGAAAUAGUAUUCCAAGCGGUCAAGACGUGGGUGGAACACGAUUUAGAAAAUAGAGGAAAAUACAUACCAUCACUUUUGUCAUGCGUCCGGUUCGGGCAUAUCAGUUAUAAAUAUUUCAAAUCAAAAAUAUUGCAAUGGCAGCCAAUUAAUAAGGACGAGAAAUGCCAAGAAGCUCUGUAUCCUGCAGUAGUGUUUCUUACAUUGUUGGAUUCUCGACCUGGCACCGAGGCUGACCUAAAUGAUCCGUUGGCAAGGCCUCGGAUUCCAUUUGAAAUAUUAUUUGCGGUCGGAGGUUGGAGUGCUGGUAGUCCUACUAGUUUUGUAGAAACUUACGAUACAAGGGCUGAUCGAUGGUUCCUGUCGAUCCAUAUGGACCUUACACCUCGUGCUUAUCACGGUCUGUGCACCCUUAACAACUUGAUCUACAUGAUCGGUGGAUUCGACGGUAGCGACCAUUUCAACACCGUGCGAUGUUACGACCCUGUAGCUAAUACGUGGCACGAACGAGCUUGCAUGUACCAGGCGAGGUGUUAUGUCAGUGUCGUAGUUCAUGAAGGAUUAAUCUACGCGUUAGGUGGUUAUAACGGACGGACACGCAUGUCGUCGGUGGAACGUUAUUACCCAGACAAGAACCAGUGGGAGAUGACCACGUCGAUGAACAAGCAACGCUCUGACGCGAGUGCUGCUUCAUUAGGUGGGAAAAUAUACAUAGUGGGUGGUUUCAACGGGCAAGAGGUGCUGAGCUCAGCGGAGGUGUACGACGCGGACACGCGCCAGUGGAGCUUCAUCAGGUCGAUGCUGAGCCCGCGUUCGGGGGUCAGUCUCAUCGCCUACAGGGACUGUCUGUAUGCACUAGGCGGCUUCAAUGGGUAUAGCAGACUGAAUACCGGCGAAAAAUUCAACCCUCAACGUGGCGGCGAUUGGCAGGAAGUGACAGAAAUGUUCAGCGCGAGAAGUAACUUCGCCACGGUGCUGUUGGACGACAUGAUCUUCGUCAUAGGUGGCUUCAAUGGUUCAACGACAAUACCUCACGUAGAGUGUUACGAUGGUGACACUUUAGAGUGGUACGACGCGGCCCCGAUGAACUUGAAUCGUUCAGCCCUGAGCGCGUGUGUAUUGGCUGGGUUGCCCAAUGCCCGAUCCUUCUCCUAUUUAGCAAAGGCAGUGCCCGCCGCCGGAGCUGAUCAAGCGCACCACUCAUAACCAAAAUAUACUCUAUUUCAUCUCAAGACACCUCUUUGCAAUCCUUCGCUGACCCCAAAUACUGAACCGGACAAGUGAUUGGAAAUAUUUUUUUGGAUUCCUUUUUUAAAGUAAAUCAGACAUUUUUAUUAGAGCCCUUUUAUACUAUCUGUGAUACGUACAUGACUGUGAUAUUAUGAUUGUAAAUAGCCUUUAUAUAUUAUUCGAUAAUAAAUCAUGGUGAAACAUUAUUUUAUUGUACAGAUCAUGUCGGUGAUAUUGUUUGUAUGUUAUUGUUUUAUGUAAGUAUGAUCAGUUUUUCAAGGUGUCGCGCCUAAAAGUAAUAUAAAAAUGAUGUAAUAAUUGUAAUAUUGAAUAUAGUUUUGAAGCGAGGGAUUUGUUGUAAAAUUUCAAGUUUUGUAUUAGUAAAGUUUGUGAUAAAUUUUAUUUUGGUAUAUUUGUGUACAGUUCGCGUCUAUAGCAAAUCAUGUGGUCGCGUUUUAUAUCAGUGUAGCGAUGCCGCACAGGGAAGCAACUUCAUCUUAUUCUAUCUGUGAUAUUUUGCGAUUAUGAUCUGGAAAAUGUAAAAACCUGUAAAAUUGUUAUUUAAUUAAUGAAAAAUUUACUGUACCUUACUGGAAGAUUUUAAA